GAAGACCCUCCCCUUUUGAUAAAAUGAGCUCUGAAACAGACACAUUAUUUCAUUCUCCUCCUGAUUAAAGAUGGACUUGCAAAUCUCAGUUUUUCUCCUCUUCAUUCUUUUCACUGCAGGACACUCUCUCUACUGUUACGAGUGCCUGACGGAGAACUGUAAAGAAAGUCUCGUGAAAUGUCCCAUUAAUGCUACUAGGUGUGAAAGUUCAACUGUGGUGACACAAGCUGGGUUCUUUAGUUCCACAGUGAAGGUUAAAGGUUGUGCUGUUGCCUGUCAAAGCGGGUCCAUGAACCUUGGUGUGGUAAAGACGUCUACUUCCUGCUGUGGCUCUUACUUUUGUAAUGUCAAAGAUGCUCCAGAUCCCAGAGCUACUAUCCCCAAUGGAAAGACAUGUUACUAUUGUGAUGAGAAGAGCUGCUCAAACAUCAUGAGAUGUUCAGGGACUGAAGAUCGCUGCAUUACAGACAGAGGAACUUUUGGAGGCCAGUCAAUGAUUGUAAAAGGCUGUGUCUCUAAAUCCAUCUGUGAUGCCGCAGCAUCUACUAACGCUCAGGGCGUUUCAUGUUGUGAGGGGAACCUGUGUAACAGUGAUAAGAGCUUCACUCAGAGCUACAUCCAGAGCGUCACCCAGAGCUACACCUUUAACGGUGCUUAGAGAGACAGAGCUUGAUGUUUAACAGUGUCACCCAGAGCUUCCUGUUCUCUGCUCUCCUACUUCCUGCUGCACCGAAUCCAGCAGCUCUUCUGAUUCUACAAUGAGACACGCUGUACUGAAUAUAGAGCUUGUAUUUCUUUGUAUUAUCCUUACCUGAAAUUAUCACAGAUAUAAAUCCUCUAUAAAAAAAACUGAGUCUGAGAUUUCACUGAUUACAGAGCUGGUAAAACUAUUGGGAAAAUCCCACUUUAAUCAUACAUUUUGAGAAAUGAACAGAUGUAAUAUUAGUACUUAAGUAGGCUACUAUAAUGUCUGAUUUUUGUUGCUGCUUGUGUCUGUAUAAUUCUUAAGCAUUUAUAAUGGCUAGAAAAUGAGAGACGAAGGCUGUGAAACUAAUGUUUUCCACCAGAGGAAGGCAAAGAAAAAAUUAGGCAGCAGAGAAAGCAGGUGCGAUUGCCUUGACAUGUGAGAUGUAUGGGUUAUUUAAACUGCAAAGGUAAAACAUAAAUUAAAAUUAUUCUGACAGAUGUAAAGAUGGAGGUGAAGGUGGCACAUUAUUCACUUUGAGUGUAGAGACUACAGUCAUUUUCCUAUUGGUACAUAAUAAUUCGAUAGGAAUACAAUUUAAUACAAAUCUUAAUUUCAUUGAGAAAGUUCCACUCUCACAACAAAACACAAAACGACAAAUGCAACAAGUUUUAACCAAUUUGGCACAGACUACCCAACAUUGGGUUACACUGACCCAGCAGGGUAG